GCGGCGGCGCCGCGCUCCGUCCAGCCGCGCCCGCGCAGCCCCCGCAGGAGUAAAUAUCAGUAUGACUAGAGUCUGAGGAAGGGCUUCUGUAUUCCUACCAAAAGCUUGCUGGUGCAGAGGAACGGCACAAGGAGAGCAGCAAGGGCAUUUUGAGCUACCAUGGAUAUCCCCACCGAUUUGGUGCCAUCAUCCAUGAUGUCCCAACCUGAGGUGAUUGAGUCUACAGCCAUGAGUGAACCACAGUGCUACUACAAUGAAACCAUUGCCUUCUUUUAUAACCGAAGUGGAAAAUAUCUAGCCACUGAAUGGAACACUGUCAGCAAGCUUGUAAUGGGACUGGGGAUUACCGUCUGCAUCUUCAUAAUGCUGGCCAACCUCUUGGUUAUGGUGGCUAUUUAUGUGAAUCGCCGAUUCCACUUUCCUAUUUAUUACUUAAUGGCCAACUUAGCUGCUGCGGACUUUUUUGCAGGGCUGGCCUACUUUUACUUAAUGUUCAACACAGGACCCAACACUAGAAGACUGACUGUAAGCACCUGGCUUCUCCGUCAGGGUCUCAUUGAUACCAGUCUGACAGCCUCUGUAGCCAAUUUGUUGGCCAUUGCUAUUGAGCGGCACAUUACGGUUUUUCGAAUGCAGCUGCACACUCGGAUGAGCAACCGCCGAGUGGUCGUUGUCAUUGUUGUUAUCUGGACUAUGGCCAUCGUCAUGGGUGCCAUACCGAGUGUCGGAUGGAACUGUAUUUGUGAUAUCACCCACUGCUCCAACAUGGCACCGCUGUAUAGUGACUCCUACCUGGUCUUCUGGGCUAUUUUCAACCUGGUCACUUUUGUGGUCAUGGUGGUCCUGUAUGCUCACAUCUUUGGGUACGUUCGCCAAAGGACUAUGAGAAUGUCCAGGCACAGUUCUGGACCCCGCAGGAAUCGGGACACCAUGAUGAGCCUCCUGAAGACUGUGGUCAUUGUGCUUGGUGCUUUCAUAAUCUGCUGGACCCCAGGACUAGUCUUGCUGCUCCUCGAUGUUUGCUGUCCCCAGUGCAAUGUCCUGGCCUAUGAAAAAUUCUUCCUUCUCCUGGCAGAGUUCAACUCUGCCAUGAACCCCAUCAUCUACUCCUACCGGGACAAGGAAAUGAGUGCGACGUUCAAGCAGAUCCUGUGCUGCCAGCGCAGCGAGAGCACCAACGGCCCCACCGAAGGCUCGGACCGGUCAGCCUCCUCCCUCAACCACACCAUCCUGGCUGGCGUCCACAGCAAUGACCACUCCGUGGUGUGAAGCCACCGCCAGCCGCCUCACCGACAAAGAGCAGCGGGCGGUGCUCGGGCGGGGCAGGCGCGUGGCCCCGGGGAAGGUAACCCACUCACGUUUUCUCAAACACUAAUGGACUACAAGUGCAUCUUUUCCGGCGGCCUGACGUACCAGCGCAGACUGCCCUGUCCACAGGACUGGCCAUGCUGCAGAGCCUUUGAUUUCUGCUUUGAAAAAGUAGAAAGUAGUUGCUUUGCAGAAGAGGCCAUCAAUAACCCACAGAAAGCCUUGCUGAGACUUUGUUGGACUUUGCUGCAUCUUGGUGCCAGUCUGAAUCAACUCUGAUUAAUUAAGCUUAUACCUGCUUCACUGCAUUUACAUGUAGCCACUUAGUAUUUUUAAAAAGGGAGUAAAGGGGAUAAAACUAUGCCUAUCAUUUAAUAGACAUGUAAUAUGUAUCACCAUCAGCAUGCUUGUGAUGAACAUUUUCUGUGCAGGGAGUAAAACUGUGCUCUAGUCUUUGUAUCCUUAGCCACACUGUCAUAACUACAGUAAAAAGAAAAGUUGUUUUUUUUUUCUAACACAGGCAACAGGAAGAUGAGGGAAACUGACUCUUCUUACCUUCAUUACUGGUGUUAGAGAAUGCAUGUUCUGUGUGUAUGCAGAUUGUUUUAAUUAUGAAAAAAAAAAAAAAAGCUCUUUGUAAAGUCUGCCGGAAAGUAGAAAAGCAUAGACUGUAUUCCAGUGUUUGUUUAGAUUAUGAAAUAAACAGUACUUUAGUCACAAUGUAUAUAAGGUUCUUCUUUGAAGUACAGUAUGAAAUUUGUAACAUGUGAAGGGUACCAAGUUUUUUAUGGAUAAGUUCUUAAAGUAGGACACAUCCCUAAGGCUCUUAAAGGGCUACAGUCAGGUUGGUAGAUUGCAAAAAUUGUAUUUAUGGCAUAUUCUUGGAAUGCUUUUCUUGUUCGUGGCAAAAAGCAUUUCUAAUGGCGAAAAAGAAAAGGUAUGUUUUUAUGGAACCUUUCUGGUAAUUGAAAACAAAACACUUUCUGCAUUUUUGCACUGAGAAGUAUUUGUAGGGUACCAUUCAAAUGAUGCCUCCUUCAUUUCAAAAGCAGUGGGCUACUAAGAGCCAAGGCACAAUUUUAUUUUGUGAAGUCGACACUUUAAUCCAUUGCAAAUGACUGGACCAUAUUACAGAGCCACACAUGUACACUUUUAUAAAUACCUAAGCUAACAGGUGGGUUUUUCAUAUGAGACUGUUUUGAAGAGAAAUGUCACUCAUGUGAAUAUCAGUUACCAAGAAUCACUGAGAGUAAACAAAACUCAUCAAGAGAGGUAACUGAGCAAAGGUGGGACCUUGCUGAUAAAAAACUUGGGACGUCUUUCCAGGAAACUCUGUGUUCUCCUAACAAUGUAAAAUAUAUCAACAGUAAAUUCCUGGCACUGUUCUUGUCAUAAUUUGUCUCUAUAACAAAAAGAAAAAAACAAACAAGACAAAAAAAAGGGGAAAAACAAAAAAAAAUCAAGAAAAAAACCCCACACUCACAAAAAAAAUAACCCUGCAAAACAAAACAAAAAAUCCAGAGAUAUAUAUCCUUCAUUGUACCAUACUGGAAUGUAACUUAAGGGAUUAUAUUCUCCCAUUUGGGCAGGGAAAAAAUGGAGGAUGGAGGGUCAGCUCAGCAAAAUACAGUGUUUUCAGCAUCUCUUGCUUUGAGGAGAUGCUUGGAUUUUAUCCUUCCAAGCAGAAAAUUGCUUGGAAUAGGCAGUUCCUUCCUGAGAGAGGGAAGAGAAACAAGUAAACUAAUCCUGCCUCCACUGAAUGAAGUGGGAGUUAUGACACUGCUUUCAGUCAAACUGAAAUCCACCUGAACUGUCAAGCUAGUUUUGUGUGGACACUAUGGAAGGUGGAGUAGAAGGUGGACAUUACAUUGUUUGCCAGUUGACCAAGGUUUUGAAUACAUCCCCUUGCUUUGAACAAAACCAGUCUUUCUUCUGACUGUCUUUGACAGCAAGUGAAUGUACAGGUUAAUUUGGUUUUAUUCACAGAACUGUAGUGAGAAACAGAAGAAUAGGCUGUAUGAACCUUUUUAUUUCAAAGCAUCUGCUUGCUAAUCCACUCAUAUUUUUUCCUUAGUGCCUGCUUGAUACUUGAACUAGUGAAGGUAAGCAGAAGAAAGGAGAGGGUAAGACUGCCUCCAAAGACAAGGAUAUCUGAGUGAAAAAUAAUUUCUUUUUCUCAAGAGUUCUUGGAGUAUAUUUCUUCCUUGGAUCCAGCAAGAACAAUUUUUCUUAUCCCUAACAUCCCCAGAAAAGUAGAAGAUCGUAGACACUUUAGUCUAGGGUCUGGGUUUUUUUAGCUUUCCAAGUGUUCUUUUCACUGCUAUUUGCAUGCUUUUAUUGAAUCUCAUCUGGAUAGGGUGGAGGAUGAUAUUACAAAACAACAACAAAUCAUUCACCCUAGUUUAACCUGCUGGAAGUCUGGUGGGUUUUGAGAAGCCAGGGGUGAAUAACUUGAGAACAGGAUUGGUGUGGCUGUUUGAACAUGGGUGGGUCCAAAGGCCUCUUGUGAAGACAGAUGCCCAAGGAGGCUUUCUGUCAUCACUGUGAUUGUGACAGAAGGUAGUUGCUGUCCAGGUACAUAGUUCAACCCAAGGAGGCACUCGACAGUUCAAGAAGGUGAACCUUUUGAACUCUUAGCAGCAGUUAAAUUUGAGUUGUCAGGUAUAUUAAUCCAGGAGCAAUCCUGUCUGGCAACAGGUGGCUUUUCUUCUAAAAGGUGAAGUGCAAUGUUUCAGAUCAAAUGCAGCAGAAGGAACAUUGCUUGUACAAUUCUGGUAGAGGAAUUCACUGAGCAUAUGGCUGCUGUAUGGCAAUUUAAUUAGUGUUUUGUGUUGUUGACAUGUUGUUCCUAUAUCCUUAAGAAAUCUGAUCUGUGAAUUGAGUAGUUCUUUGCAAGCUAAUGAAAUUAAAGCUCCAGUGAGCAAAGAGAAUAAAAACCAGAGCCUGGAAUAGGAUUCAUUUGCUGUGUUCCUUAGAAUGAUUCCCAGCCAUUUGUUGUCAUCUCAGAAUUUUUUUAAGUUUUGCUCUUCUAUUCAGAUUUUCCAGCCUCAUUGUGCCAUUGUAGAACUCACUUCUGCUAUGUGAAAACAUGGUGCAAAGUACUUAGGGAAAAAGAUUGCCCCACUUAUUUUUACUUAUCUCAAAUUCUUCAAAAGGUUUUAGGAGACUUCUUAAAAUACCAACGAUCCUCCCACAGUCAUUAAAAUUCUUUUGUUGCUGAUUGCUUCUGGUCCAAGUAAAUCCUCUUGAAGUUCAAAUGUAAUGGUGUUUGUGUCAGAAUUGUAGUGGUGGGAAGUUGUGUGUUAAAAGGAAUAUCAUUUGCAGAUCAAGGGAAAUGUAUUUUCAUUGUAUUUUCAGUGGCAGUAUAAAUCUGAAAA